GAACACCAGGAAGCUGAAGCUCGCCUAGCUGAAGCCGAGACCAAGGCACAAGGCCUAAAAAACAAGCUCACAAUUCUUAUGGGCAAUGUAGACAACAUCGAAGAGCGCGCUGAUAUAUUAGAAACCCAGGCCAGCGAGUUGGAAAAACGUGCCACCAAGGCUGGAGGCGUCGAAGCGGCCAAGACAGAUUCUAAGGACGCCAAGAGAAUCGGGGAACUCACCGCUGAUUUGCUUAAAAUGAAGAAAAAGAUGGAAGAGACCAACGCUAGGCUGGACUCGGCUCAGGCCAAGCAAGAUGCGCUCGUUGCCCAGUUAGAGGAAACCGAAGAUAGUCUUUCUCAGUCGCGCAGCGGUGGCGACAACAACGCCGAACUAGAGGCUGAGCAGGCCGAGCGAAAGAACAAAGACUUAAAGAGAAAAAUUAAGGUGCUAGAGGCCGAGUUGGAGGCCGAAACACAGAAAACCGCGGCAUCGAAGAAGGAGUUAGAUAGCAUCGUUGCCGAACUUCUAGGAUGAAGACAUUCGAAGGUCAGCUUCUGAUACGCAAUGUCCGAUUUCAAAAUUCCCAGGAGGAACUAGACUAGUUGUGCUGCCCGACGUCUGUGUCUGCCAUGGCCUCUGCCACGUUGUAGCGUGACUGCCGCACGGCUGAAUUUAUAGAGCGAUGUUAGAUAAUCGUUGUAGGUUGCAGGCGAAUUGUGCUUGUCACAGACACACGGUAUCCGCGUGUGAUCGGGAAUCCAUUAAAACGCUAGAAUGAUAAAAAAA